CUGAGCGCGCAGAUACAGGGUUUAAUAUCAGUCUCGGACACUGUUUCACAGGCCAAGAAAGUCCGCUAGAGUAUGAUUCCUCACCAAUUUCUCCUCCUGAACUGCAACUGAAAUCGCAAUGAUUGGACUGUUAGUGCUGGGUCUUCUGUGUGGAAAGCUUUGUGCCGACACUCACUCUCUCCGGUACUUCUUCACUGCUAUGACUCCAGAUCCUGCUUUCCCGCAGUUUGUGAUUGUUGGUUAUGUGGAUGGAGUCCAGUUUGUUACAUAUGACAGUGAUCAGAAGAAUUUGAUCCCCCGGGAACAGUGGAUGGUGGUGAGCGAGGGGCCUGAGGCCUGGAAACGGAAACUAUCUCUUGCUCGGGAGCAGGAAAGGAAUUUCAAAAACGCUGUUCUGAGCUUGAAGUCACGGAACAACCAAACAGAUGGGAUCCAUACGUAUCAAAUGAUGACCGGCUGUGACCUGAGUGCUGAUGGGAUGACAAGUGGAUUCAACCAAUAUGGAUGGGAUGGACAAGACAUCCUCAGCUUGGAUAAAAAUCAUAUGGUGUGGGUGACCCCAGUCUCCUGGGGAGAAAGUAUCAAGAACAGGUGGGACCAGGAUGUGGUGGACAAUCAGCGGUGGAAGCAUUACCUCGAUGUGGAAUGUAUUGAUUGGCUGAAGAGAUACUUGGAGUAUGGACAGCGACAACUGAAAGUCGUUCCCCCUGACGUGUCCUUUACCAGUCUGGGUGAUUCUAACUGGCUGUCCUGUCUCGUCACUGGGUUUUACCCACAAGCCAUCGAGGUGACUCUGUGGAGGGACGAAGUGUUGAUCGAUGAGACCCUGUCCACAGGGAUCUUACCCAAUCACAACAGGACUUAUCAGAUCCGGAAAUGGGUGGGGUUUAAUCCAGAGGAUCAGGCCGAGUAUUCCUGUCAGGUGGAGCACAGUGGGCUGGAGGAGACGCUGGUGGUAAUUUAUGUCCCGACAUCUCGCUCCCAGGUUCCCAUGACUGUCUGGAUUCUACUUGGGGUCGUUGGGAUCGUUGCUCUUGCUGUUGCGGCUGUCUUCAUCUACAAGAAGAAAGAGGAAGUGAAGAAUAGCUACGAUCCCACAAACACUGAUGAUAGGACACCCUCAGACGGUUCUGCCAAUACCUAAGAUACUACUAGUGUUGGUCAAAAGUGAGAAGAAUGUUGUAUCUGGGAUAUUGGAGCUGGUGUUAACUGCAAUCCGAAGGGAGAACUUUGAGCUCCGUGACUGUCUCCCUGCUGUCAAAAAAAGACCACUCAUACAGUUCAACACUGACCUUUAAGACUUACCUUCUGGAAAUAGUUGCUACAGUAUGGGCCUGAGCUUUAAGAUGUAUUAGAGGUGGGGUUUGGCAGAAAGAAAAAUCUGGAAACUACUCAUUGUGGAUAAGAUAAAAUUUUAAAAAACUGCAGAUGCUGGAAAUCUGGAAUCAAAAGGAAGCAGACAUUGCUGGUAAAACUCCACAGGUCAGGUAGCAAAUGUGGAGAGAGAGCAGAGUUAACGUUUUGGGUCCAGUGACCCUUCUUGGGAACUGAAGGUUUUUUAAAAUUCACUCAUGAUGUGGUCAUUGCUGCUGGGCCAGCAUUUCUUGCUGUCCUAGUUACCCUUGAAGGUGGCAGCAAUUUACCUUCUUGAAUUGUUGCAAUCCAUCUGCUAUAGGUAAACCCACAAUGUCCUUAGAAAAAGACUUCCAGAACUCUGUUCCAGCAUCACUGAAGGAACGGUAAAAUAUUUCCAAGUUGGGGUGAUGAGUGGCUUGGAGGGAAACUUGCAGAUGAUGGUGUUCCCAUGUAUAUGCUGCCCUUGUCCUUCCAGAUGGAAGUGGUCAUAUGUUGGAAAGGUAUUGUCAAAGAAUGGUUGGCAAACCUCUGCAGGUCAUCUUGCAUAGAUCGUACACUGCUACUGUACAUCUGGUGGUGGAAGGAGUGAAAGUUUGUGGAUGCAAGUAGCUUGGAAAAGAUGUUGUAUGUGCUGCAUACAGGGAUAGGAGUGAUGGAUGGAGAUGCAGAGAGAGAAUGACCAUUAGAUUGACCAAGAAAUGAAUGAUCACAUGCAAGAGAGAAAGAAAAAUUGCUGGUUGUGGGGAAUAUAAGUAGGUGAAAAUGGGUUAGCUGUGCUGAAAGCAGACCAUGCUGUGACAGGCUGGAUUAUGUGAGUAGGAAAAGGACAUAGAAAGUGCUCAGGUUCUAAAAUGUUUGAACUCCUUUUUGAGUCCUGAAGACUACCUGGUUCCCAAGCCACCUUUCCUGUUUGGCCUCUUGCAUUGAAAUAAAUAAAGUUUAAUUUAUCAUCCUACCUUGUUCUCUGCUUUGUCCCUGCAUGACCUGACUGUUUGACUCACUCCAUUCCUGAACUGUAACAGUCUCAGCCUGAGCUACAAAUCUUCUCGAAACCUGCUGUUCAUAUAGAUGACAAAAAGCAGUGGACCCAGCACCAAGUCUUGUAGCACACCACUGGUCACAGACCUCCAGUCUCAAAAGCAACCCUCCAUCACCACCAUGCUGUCUUCUACCUUCAAGCCAGUUCUGUAUACAAAUGGCUAGGUCUCCCUGUAUUUUGAGAUCUAACCUUAAUAACUAGUCUACCAGGAGGAACCUUGGCGAAUGCCUUGCUGAAGUCCAUAUAGAUCUCGUCCACCACACUUCUCUCAAUCAUUUUCAUUACUCCUUCAAAAAACACAGUCAAGUUUGUGAGAAAUUAUUUCCCUUGCACAAAGCCAUGCUGACUACCCCUAAUCAGUCCAUGCUAUUCCAAUUGCAUGUAAAUCCUGUUCCUCAGGGUUGCCUCCAACAACUUGCCCACCAAUGUAAGGCUCACUGGUCUAUUGUUCUCUGCCUUUUCCUCACCACCUUUCUUAAAUAGUGGCACCAUGUUAGCCAACUUCCAGUCUUCCAGCACUUCACCUGUGACUAUAAAUGAUACAAAUCUAUAUGAAUAGCGGGUUUUGAGAAGAUUUGUAGCUCAGGUUGAGGUUCUGGAUGUAAGUUUUCUCGCUGACCUGGAAGGUUCAUUUUCAGACGUUUUGUCACCAUACUAGGUAACACCUUCAGUGAACUAGCACGCUUUCUAUUUAUAUGUUUCGGUUUCCUUGGGUGGUUGAUGUCAAUUCCUGUUCAUUUUCUGAAGGAGUGGUAAAUGGGGUCCAAGUCUAUGUGUUUGCUGAUAGACUUCCAGUUGGAAUGCCAUGCUUCUAGAAAUUCUCAUGCAUGUCUCUGUUUGGCUUGUCCUAGGAUAAAUGUGUUGUCCCAGUUGAAGUGGUGUCCUUCCUCAUCCGUAUGUAAAGAUACUAGUGAGAGUGGGUCAUGUCUUUUUGUGGCUUACAAAUGUUCAUGUAUCCUG